GUUUGUAUGAAACUCAUUUCCUUCUUGGAUGUUUUAAGCAGCAGACACAGAAAGAACAUCAGGUUAAUAUUGUUGAGCGCUAACAGACUGAGCAUUACAAAUUUACCCUGUGCACAGAUAAAUGAUGCUUUGGACAAAUAUCAUAAUUUGUCAAGUCAUUAUCCUGCUGAGACUGGAUUGCUUACACAGUGUGGAAUUUUGUCCAAUGGUUUGUGAGUGCUCACAAGUCCUGAGAAAAGGAGUAACAGUUAAUUGUAGUUUUAAGAAGCUGAACAUCGUGCCUUCCCUUCCCUCUAAUACUAUUAGACUUUAUCUGCAGAACAACAGCCUGACAACUGUUAAAGCGGGAGCCUUUGACCACUUACAAAACCUGGAGGAAGUAGAUAUGUCCAAUAACCCUUGGAACUGUGACUGCUAUAUUUUGUAUCUGAAAAUGUGGCUUGAGUCCCAACCCCAAAAAAUAAUGCAAGUUGUGAGAUGUGCCACUCCAGCCACAAUAUCAAUGAAACCUUUUAACAAUCUAACUGGGAAUGAAAUUGCAGGCUGUAGGCAGCCAUGGCCAAUCAAAUGUAUUCAGUUCCUUUACAGGGACCUGAUUCUAUUGGCCUUUGCUCUAGUUUUGCUUCUUUUGAUGUCCUGUGCUGUUUGCAUUGCCAGGAGACUAGCUUGCCGUGUUACAGUGAAUUCCAAGCAUAUGUACAGGAAUAAAGCAAGUAAUAAUGAGAGUCAGAAGUCAAGAUAACCAUAUUCUUUUCAUUCACUUACAACUGCAAAUUGAAAAUAUUGUUUUUAAAUAAACAUUAUGUCAAAGUACACUUUUCACAUA